CGGGCAUCGCUCGCGGCGCCCCCCAUGCGUUUUUCCGACCUCGACGAUUAUUCUCUCUCCGCAUCUGAACUCUCUCUGGCGUCCCGUAGGAUUCACCCCCUCGCCAAACGUCAGGCGCUGUCGACGAUCGACAUCAAGUGGGCCGAGCAGGUGAAGAGGAUCUGCAGGUACCUGCUAGCUGACGUACCCAACCGUCUGCACUUCGUACGCGCUCUCACAGUGUCUCGGCAUGCCUUCAACGCUCGAUUCGGUGAUAUCGAGGCGGGAAACUUCUCCACCGUUCAUUUCCUCGCGGAUGUGCUCGAACGCGCCCCUAACCUCAAGUCACUGCGGCUCGAAGCAGCGGGUCGUCUGUUCGAGGCUCAGCCGCGCGUAGCGGCUGCGAUAUGCCGCAUGAGCUGGCUGUUGGAUGUCGAAUUACGAGAUCUGACCUCCGCCUCAUUCGAGGUCGUGGGGCGUCUGUCCUGCAUGCCUCGCCGGCUCAGCCUACAUGGAUUCGACACCGGUUCAGAGCUAGCUUGUCACGAUGGAACCCCGUUACUUUCCGCACCUGUUCUGCGAAGCGUCCGCUCGCUCCAACUCGUCAAGCUCCGUAUCGCGAACCAACUGGUCCACUCUGCUGAUAGCAGUAACUCUAGCCUUCCCACAAAGCAGUGGCCAGAGGUCACGGAGCUAAAGGUUGAGCGUAGUAAUGUCUCUGUGGCCACACUGAUCCGCGCAUUCCCCGCUGUCAAGACAAUCCAAUUUCAAGACAUCGAGGACUGGGUUCAAAGAAACACCCCCGGGAGCGCGAGUUGGGUGUCGCUUGACCAUGCUUACGGAACCAGUUUGGAUUUCUCGCAGUGGGAGAUGGCAGGCAAAGUACGAUGGCUCAUGGUGGAUUGGGUGUGCAACAGUACAAACGCGCGGCGAACGUUGCCAACCAUACAGCGUACGUCGCCCGUCAUUCUUUCCCUACGACGCCUCCCCGUGGUGCUGGACACCGAUUUCUGGCCGGAGUUCAUCCGAUCCGCACCAAACGUUCGCUAUCUCGACCUUACACUGUCAUCAUCAGAGAGCAUGGCCGAAGUCAGAAGAAACUGGACGGGAGAGACACUCUCAGCGUUAUCCCGAUUGCCCUUGGUUGCCCUGCACCUGUGCCGCCGCCGAUGGGACAAUGUGAUCGCGCAGGGCAUUGGCGAAGACCAGGUCAUCGGCAGUGGCCUUCAAUUCUUCCGUUGGCGGUCUGCGGCGUACAACCUAGCAGUGGAUAUCGCGGACAAGAUUACGUCUCUGAGCGUCAUCUCCGUCGGAGAGGGUGUGCAAGUCACUGAUGAAGGAAUACCGGGCACCCGUUUAUGUGGGCCUGCACUGUGGUGGCGAGUCGUUGCGAGUGACGAACUGUCCUCAAUUACCUUGAAAGGCGAACGCGAGGAACACAUGCGACAGAACGAGGACUCUAGGAGCUGCGAUGAAGAAGACUCAGCAUCCAAUGAGGAAAUCGAUGGCCCUGAGGAUGAAGAAUCCGAUGGAAAGGACCAAAUCCCAGAGCUGGGUAGCGAGAGCAGCUCAACGCAGGAUGAAGACGAAUCCGAGUAUAAUCUGACGUCGGCGGAGAUGCUCGGGACGAACGCCUCUCGAAGACUGGUGCCCAUCUCGCGAGACCUAGGCGAGCACAUCCAUGCAUAUCUGGUGUCGAGCGAGUUCACAGAGACAUCGGCGUUCGACGAUGAGCUGUUCGAGCGACUUUCACGGACUGUUGUUCCGAGGGGGGUCAGGUCUGAGCCGUAAUGAGUGGUCCAACUGUAAAUGGUGAGUGAGACUGCGACUCAAGAUACCUAUUUAUGGCAAGUGCCAGUGUACGAUUGCGAGGUGUCGGUCAUUGGCCAUCAUGCAUGUGUAGAAUUCGUUUUCAUGGUGGUACUCGGCGCAGCGUGGACAUAUGAGGAGAACGACUAAUGCUACGUAAGCCUUGAAAGUUGAGAUCUGAAUUAUGGGUCCUUGGGCCCUCUCCGAGUCACUCGAGCAGGGUUUGGAUGCGAG